AUGGAAAUGGAGGAAAAAGUGGAAAUGGUAAUCCGCCCUGCUAAGAAGAAAGAAAGUGGGAAGUCAUCUGUUCUCAUGGAUAUUAAGCCCUGGGAUGACGAGACAGACAUGAAGAAGCUUGAAGAAUGUAUUCGAAGCAUUGAGAUGCCAGGACUCUUCUGGGGAGCAUCCAAAUUGGUCCCAGUUGGUUAUGGGAUUAAGAAGCUCCAGAUCAUGUUUACCAUUGUUGAUGAUCUAGUCUCUGUUGACACUAUGAUAGAGGAGCAGCUCACCGUGGAGCCUUGCAACGAAUACAUCCAAAGUUGCGACAUUGUUGCCUUCAACAAGAUUUGA